UCCGUCCUGGCUUCCGUAUGAAAACAAAGAUGGCGACUUCGGCUGACGUUCAUGUUCGAAUAUGUGCUCAAGAAAUGAUCAAAUAUGACCUAGAAAUUAAAGCUGCCAUUCAGGACAUCAGAGAAUGUUCUGGACCUCAGAGCGCUCUCAUGCAGCUCAACUAUCACAUCAAAGACAAAUUCAACCGACUCAGACGCAGAAUUCAGGUGAGUGCACGUGUGACACCUGUUUUAUUGUUACGUUGCCUUAUAAUUGUGUGCUUGCAGGAUCUGGAGCAGAUGGCCAGAGAGCAAGACAAAGAGUCAGACAGAAUGUCCAUCCAAGCAGAGGCAGACAGCCAGCGAAGACAAAUGCUCAGUAACCAGACAGCGUGGAGGAAGGCCAACGUGGCGUAUGUCAUGUCCAUGGACAAAAUGGAGAAGGAUGAGCUGCUGUGUGAAGGAGGUCAGAGCAUCAGAGCAAGGAAGGCGACGAAAGAAAGUCUGGUGGAGAAUAGCAGCAACAUCACAGAGAGCCUGAUGUCCAUCAGCAGGAUGAUGGCAGAGCAGGUCAAGCAGAGCGAGGACAGCAUCAGCACGUUGGCCACCUCCUCCCGCACGGUGCAGGAGGCCAACGAGGAGUUUAAGAACAUGACAGGAACCAUCCACCUUGGCAGGAAGCUGAUUCUCAAGUACAACAGACGAGAGCUGACAGACAAGCUGCUCAUCUUCUUGGCGCUGGCGCUCUUCCUUGCCACCGUGCUCUACAUCCUCAAGAAGCGCCUCUUCCCCUUCAUUUAGACCCCACUCCCCAAGAGAAUAACGACGCACUGAGCGGAAACAUCUUGCGGCGACGACCUUCCUGCAAACAUGGAUGGCAAAGCUGUAACCAUGGCAACCACCAGGUCAAGCAGUAGCAAAUAUUCAGGUGGCGACAAAUGGAAUCCGGAGCACUAAUCUACCAUGAAGUGGCAGUGUACGCUAUGCACGGACGUCAUUGUUGUUCAAUUCCACUUUUAUUUAAAAUAAACUUGUCACAUUUGACUUGAAAGUGUUGGAGUAUAAGAUGAAAAAUAUAUUUGUGUAAAGUCAGAUGCUCUUUGAAGGAAACUAGUACAGGCUUCAUAAAUACAAAAUAAAAUAGCGAAGAGUGUGUUGGCGCCCCCUGCUGGUCGUUGGCGGUGAGGUAGAUGACUGGCUUGGCUCUCAGUCCAAAAGCAAGCAUAAAAACAAAAGAUUUUAGUGGUUCUCUGUGG